AUGGACGGCUACCCUCUAAUAGAUAUACGACGUCCUCCAGACAUUGCUGAACCGGAUACGAUUCAUGAAAGUCUUCGAAUAUUCCGGCUUAUUGCAGUGAGAGUGUUAGGAACAAUACUAAGACUUCCUGGAUUGAUUCUGUUGGAGUUAUGGUGGAGAAAUCAUUUUAGUCUUAUUAAUGUAACAUUAAAGGCACCUUUCAAUUCAUGUCUUGAUAUCUCCACCAUUUUGGCUUUUGUGCACACAAGGAACUUCGACAAUUCGGCGGCAAUCAUCUUGAGCUAUUCAGUGCUAUUCCUAAGCAUCAUGUUCCUUACUCUUCCUCUUUCGAAGCUGUUCAAAGUGUAUACGCAUGCUCUGAGUUUGAUGAUAUUUGCAUUUGCUCACUACAUGUCGACAACGUAUGUGAAUCUUGAGCAGAAUAGCAAUGAUGUAGAGUUAAAACUCGACACAUUUGUGAAAUUGGAAAGACAUGGAUUCCACUUUUUAGCGCAGCUGAUGCUCAGCGUAGUUCAAAGCUGUGUUCUUGGUCUGGAGAGUGAUCUAGGGAGAGCGCUUCUCACGGUUUUCACGCUCCCCAUUGUGGCUCGGAUGUCAGGUUUUCCUUUGGAGAAACUGAUAAUAGCUCACAAUAUUGCGUGUUCAUUGGUGAUGUUGUUCAUCUGUAUCUAUGUGCUUAAUCGAGUACCGGAUAUGGUUCAUGGAAUGCGCAUAGCGUUUCGCCAGGUCAAAGCCAUUUUCGUCGUUCGUGGUCUGGCAGGCGGUUUUGUAACUAUUUGGCGAAGGUUGCGUAUCGCAGAACUUAUGACAUGUGCUUGGUUGACUAUGUUUACUAUUCGACUGUACGUCGAGAUUUGGGAGAAGGGCUGCACAUGGCGUGAAGCAGGACCGGCAUUACUUGCCAGCAUUGCGGAAAGCACUAACACUCCUAUAUCACUACUUUCUCUUGCAUUAACUGUUUCAUUCGUUUGUAAAUGGGUUGUUGAUGGUACGCAGUUGGUUAUUGGUGGCCGACGUGAUCAUGGGCAUGUUCUUGCCCACUCAGGGUACACGGAAGCGCUGACCCUCGUUUUGUUAUGUCUCCAAACAGGCUUACUAGGCAUGAAAACCGAGAAGAAGGCAUUCUUGCUUGGUCUUGUACUGUUUAUAGUAAUGUCUGCACUUCUACAGUCGUUGUAUGAGCUUCUCGAACCGCAACUUUUAUCACUGGCCGCUUUGCCGUCUGCAUCGCGUGGACGACACAUUCGUUGUCUUUUACUUGCUGCUAAUCUAUUUGUCGCUCCAAUCAUAAUGGCAUGUGCCAUAACUACUUUUCUUCCUAUUGAUUUAUGGUGUGUUAUUAUUGUCUCCAACUGUGUCCUGACAACCAUUCACGCCGCUUCUUCAACUGUCCAGUAUGCUAUUGGGAUGAUUGACUCUCGUUCAUCGGAGCCGUGGGAACAUACUGACGAUCUCAUGUUCUGGACACGCAUGGUGACGAAAAUAUUUGAAUUGUCCAUAGCGCUCAUAGUACUCGUGUUUUCAAAUUGCGAUCGAUGUGCUGGAAACCUGUCCUUACUUGUCUUCCACGUGAUAUUCAACAUUUAUAGAAGGUGCGAAGUAGUCAGUUUCAUCAUAGAUCGUAAUGACGUUUGUGCAAUAUGCUUUAUGGAAAUGUGGGAGGAGGCUCGAGUAACACCGUGUAAGCACUUUUUCCACGGCGCCUGCUUGAGGAAAUGGCUUUAUAUCAAACAGGUUUGCCCCCUGUGUUAUUCAGAAUUACUCGAAUCUGAGCGUGAGCUGAACUCGAACAUAGUUGAAGAAGUUGGGCGGGAUUUGUCUCCUGAACGUGAAAGAGUAAGAACAAGAAAUACACAAUGGAGAGAGCUGCGUGGAAUGGAAGGUGCUCAUGAUAUGUGGCCACUUAUGGAACAGUGA